AUGGCCUCCCUUGCGCACGGCGAAACUAGGGGGCCGGGGGAACCGAAGAUCACUCUUCACUGGCUUGAAGUCUCUCGGUCUCAUAGGAUCUUGUUCCUGUUCGAGGAACUUGGAGUUCCUUAUGAACUCAAAACGUACAAACGGACCAAAGAACGACUCGCACCACCAGAGUUGAAGCAUGUUCACCCCUUGGGUAAAUCUCCUGUUGUCACCAUUGAACUCCCAGACUCGAAUAAGCCGAUUGUGCUAGCAGAGUCCGCAGCGAUCGGCGAGUACUUUUGCGACCACUAUGGUAAGGGGACCUCUUUAGUUCCCAGCAGGUACCAAGAAGGUAAAGAGGGCCAAAUUGGAGGCGAAACGGAGUCCUGGCUGCGCUACAGGAUGUUUAUGCACUAUGCUGAGGGCAGCCUCAUGCCGCUUAUGCUUCUAUCGCUCAUAGUUGGAAGCAUCAGGAAUGCUCCUGUUCCGUUCUUCAUCAAACCGAUCACAAAUAGCGUUGCUGGCAAGAUUGAAUCAUCCUUUCUCCAAAGAAACAUGAAGAACCAUUACGACUUUCUUGAAGGCCAACUGGCAACAUCCCCAGACGCUGGAAGCUACCUGUGCGGGAAGGAUCUCACGGCAGCGGACAUCAUGCUUUCAUUCCCACUGGAAGCUGGUCAGACCAGGUCAGGAUUCACGCAGAGUGAAUAUCCCAAGAUCUGGGCGUACAUUGAGCGGCUUCACGAAAGAGAUGCAUACAAGCGUGCGGUCGCGAAGAUUGUGGAGAUUGAGGGCGAAUUCAAGACCACCCUGUGA